AAGCGGAAAACUUUCACUGUAUGUCGUCGAAAAGCAUGGCAAAACGUUAUUACCACAAUACUUGGGUAUGUAUAGGAUAACUGUUGAGAGUGGACAAUAUUAUUUUGUGGUGAUGCGUAAUGUAUUUAGUUCGCAUCGGACAAUUCACAAGAAAUUCGAUUUGAAAGGCAGUACGGUUGAUCGUGAGGCUUCCGAAAAAGAAUUAGACAAGCAUUUGCCAACUUUUAAAGACAAUGAUUUCAUAAAGCAGAAAGUCAAAAUUGAGAUUGGAGAAGAAGCCAAAAAUAAGUUGCUCGACAUAUUAUCAAGUGACGUUGAUCUCCUAACAAAGCUGCAUAUAAUGGAUUAUUCACUGCUUGUCGGUAUACAUGACUGCGUUCGUGCCGAAGAGGAAGCUGUACAAGGGGAAAACUCCCAACCUACUGGUCGCAGCGAAAACAGUGAGAGCGAGGAAUGUGAUAGUGGGGAGCGAUGGACCUACAAUACACCUCCUGAUUCACCGCGAGGGGCUCAAUAUAAAGAAGUUGUAUAUGAAGUUGAUAUUUAUGCUAUUCCAAGCACUGAAGCCAUUCGCAACCUAUACUAAUACAAAGAAUACGAUUGUACAAGUGACACUGUUACACAUGCGCUCUAAGAGUGUUGGUCUCUUUAAGAAGGCUAAAAUAAAAAACAUUCUAUACUUAUAAUUCUAUAGAUCCCCGUUGUAAAAAUGUUAUAGCUAUAAUUCGUGUCCUUGAAGUUUUGAUUUCACUAAAGUAUAUCGAGUGUUUCUCUUCCAUGGGUGGCUCAAACAGCUGUCUGUGAUGAGAAUACUUGCGGUAGCAUCCCAAUGGAUAUUGCUUGAACAUCUUAACAUUAGGCUUCUCAUGCAGGAGCAUGUAUGUAUGUCUUGCUGUGUGGAUGGUGCCUACACCACACCAGAAGGUGUUACCGAAUCCACUUCGACGGUAGCUUGCUUAUAUCUCAGCUGGUUUGAGAGUUUCUCUGAUAACUUUUAGAAAACGUACAACAAUGCAAAUUAAAUUUUUCACAUACAGUCACCCUUUAAAUUUUGUUACCAGCGAACGUAACAAAAA